AUGCGUUUCGGGCAAGAGUGGAACGGGUGGACAAGGGUGGAACGGGUGGACAAGAGUGGAACGGGUGGACAAGGGUGGAACGGGUGGACAAGGGUGGAACGGGUGGACAAGGGUGGAACGGGUGGACAAGGGUGGAACGGGUGGACAAGGGUGGAACGGGUGGACAAGGGUGGAACGGGUGGACAAGGGUGGAACGGGUGGACAAGAGUGGAACGGGUGGACAAGGGUGGAACGGGUGGACAAGGGUGGAACGGGUGGACAAGGGUGGAACGGGUGGACAAGGGUGGAACGGGUGGACAAGGGUGGAACGGGUGGACAAGGGUGGAACGGGUGGACAAGGGUGGAACGGGUGGACAAGGGUGGAACGGGUGGACAAGGGUGGAACGGGUGGACAAGGGUGGAACGGGUGGACAAGAGUGGAACGGGUGGACAAGGGUGGAACGGGUGGACAAGGGUGGAACGGGUGGACAAGGGUGGAACGGGUGGACAAGGGUGGAACGGGUGGACAAGGGUGGAACGGGUGGACAAGGGUGGAACGGGUGGACAAGGGUGGAACGGGUGGACAAGAGUGGAACGGGUGGACAAGGGUGGAACGGGUGGACAAGGGUGGAACGGGUGGACAAGGGUGGAACGGGUGGACAAGGGUGGAACGGGUGGACAAGGGUGGAACGGGUGGACAAGGGUGGAACGGGUGGACAAGGGUGGAACGGGUGGACAAGGGUGGAACGGGUGGACAAGGGUGGAACGGGUGGACAAGAGUGGAACGGGUGGACAAGGGUGGAACGGGUGGACAAGGGUGGAACGGGUGGACAAGGGUGGAACGGGUGGACAAGGGUGGAACGGGUGGACAAGGGUGGAACGGGUGGACAAGAGUGGAACGGGUGGACAAGGGUGGAACGCUAUCUUUAA